GUGAUGAGGAAAAAAUAAAAAUACAAAAAACGGAAAAAACGCUGAGUCCUUAAGGGGUUAAAAAGUUUCCAUUUUUUUUUAUGUAGUACAAUAAUAGAAAAACUAUUUACACUGGGUAUCAAUUUAAUCUUAUUGACCUACAGAAAUAAAGAGAAAAUGGAAUUUAAUUAUUUUAAUCCCAUCUACACACAGUGGACAUUUUCCUGACAGAAAUUGACCUGCGGUGCGGAUUUACCAGCAGAAUGUCACUUUAUUUCAAUGGGGAAGGUAAAGUCUGAAUCAAAUCUGCAGCGUUUCUGAACGCAUUUUUCGGCAGAAAAUCGGUCUAGUGAAAAUUUUUUUAGUAAUAAAAAAUGUUAAACGAAAAGUGACCUUGGGUUAUGACUUAUACACACACGAUGCCAAACAGAAGCCAGUGUGCGCUGGGAGGAAAUGUUAGGUUGUCAGGUACCGUGUAACGUAAUGCGAGACCAACGAGAAAGCGUACCACGCCCUUACAGACUUUGCUAGAAUAUCACUAAAAUGCUGUAACACGGCUGUGAGCCCUAUUCCUACAGCGGGAUAUUCACUCUCCAGCCCUCAGUUCCUCAUUCGUUCUAUAUUCUUCCCCCUAGCCCGAAACUUUUGUCACUUCUCCAAUGCAGACGCCUGUGGACAAGACCCCAACAAGUUACGUGACAGAAACAUGUUUCAGACUAUCAGACAACUUAAAAGCAAUCACAUAUGUAAAAAAGAGUGUCAUUAUGAGGCUAUCCUUCAUCAAGUUAGAGGGCAUUCUCCUUCUCAGUGUGGGUUUUGCUGGACUUUUGUUUAUCAUGCAUGGAAAUAAAAAUGGAGAUGAACCACUCACUUUGGAAAAAGAGGAACAUAAGCCUGCUAAUCCAUCCCGCCUUACUGUUGCCUCAGCUGAAUUAAAAAAACUAGAGUGGCUUCCAAGUUGCCAGGAGAACAAGUCAAUGCAAAGUAUUGAAGGUUUUUCAAAACUACCUACACAUAUUAAGGAUUUCCUGAGGUAUAGGCAUUGCAAGAGCUUUCCACAGAUCCUUAACUUGCCAAAUAAAUGUGGAGGUGUAGCAGAAUCUAAAAAUGUCUUUCUUCUAUUUGCCAUAAAAUCUUCACCAGGUAACUAUGAAAGGAGAGCUAUUAUACGCCAAACAUGGGGGGAAGAAACCAGUUAUGGAGGUGCUCAUGUGAAAAGAAUUUUUCUCUCUGGCACUUCAAACAAUGAACGCGAAGACCGACAUUUAAGACAGCUUCUUAAAAUUGAGAGCCAAACAUUUGCAGAUAUCCUACAGUGGGACUUUCAUGAUACAUUUUUUAACCUAACACUAAAACAGUUCCUGUUUCAUAUGUGGCUAGAUGAGUACUGUCCAGGAGCAAACUUCAUUUUUAAUGGAGAUGAUGAUGUCUUUGUCAACACCUUUAAUGCAGUCACCUAUCUACGUGAUCAUAAAGCAGACAGGCACCUGUUUGUAGGUCAGCUUAUAGCCAAUGUUGGACCUAUUCGUGAAGCUGGGAGCAAAUAUUAUGUACCUGUGCAAGUAACUGCUUCUGACUCAUACCCAAUGUACUGUGGAGGUGGAGGGAUUCUCAUGUCAAGAUAUACUAGCCAUGUCAUCCACAAUAAAUCUCAGGACAUCCCGCUGUUCCCUAUUGAUGAUGUUUAUCUAGGCAUGUGUUUGGAAAAGGCUGGCCUUGUCCCAGCUUCUCAUAUGGGCAUGAGUACAGUGGGGGUUCAUGUACCCUCUGCCAAACUGGAUUCAUUUAAUCCUUGUUAUUAUAGAGAACUUUUAAUGGUGCAUCGUUUUAUACCAUAUCAAAUGUUAGUUAUGUGGAAGGCAAUUCAAGAUCCUCACCUAGAUUGUGGCCAGAAAUUGUCCCUUUUUUAGGUGCACAAUAAAAGUGAACUAAUGAUGGAGAAAAGGAAGAACCAUUUAACAUAUGUUAUGUUUGCCAAACAGAUGUUUGUAUAUUUUCUCAAUAUGGAAUUUGUGAUGGAAAAGCUGUAUUUAUGUCAAAUAUGUUAAUUUAUUUUUGUUUUUCAUUAAAAAGAAUGGACAAAACUUUCUUUGAUCAUAAA